AUGAGGUUUACAAUGGUUAGACUGUUUUGGACUAUAUUAUUGACUUUGGAGCACCGCGGUGAAAGUAUUACCCGACAUACAAACGUCAAGUGUGAAGCAUUGGACAAAUCCUUCGCAGAAUUCCCUGUUUGUAAUCUUAAAGUUUUGGGUCGUGGCGUAAUCGCAGAGAACAUGCAUAUAAAACUCCUGAAGCUUCCUGUUCAAAAAAUCUCUGUAAACAUUGCUGUCUAUAAGAAGUUGUCGGGAUACCAUCCGUUUCUAUUCAACGUCACGGCUGAUUUAUGUCACUAUUUGAAACAUCCCAAUCCUAUGAAUCUUCUCCAUUACAUUUACACAGCUGUGAAGCCCUUUAGUAAUUUCAAUCAUUCUUGUCCUUAUAACGUGAGUACAAACCUUAUUUAUCAUGAUAUAGUUGUAAAGGACUUUGUCUUGUCCGAUCAAAUGUUCGCGAAAAUUCCCUAUCCAAAGGGAAACUACAUGUUAAGUAUUAAAUUUGCCACCGACGAUGUGUGGAGAAUUCGCCUUAAUACGUAUUUUGACGUUGAUCUGGAAAAGCAGAAUUAA